UAUUCAAAAUGACAUGUAUUACACACAAGAUAGACUAUGUAUGUAUAGAUACUAUGUUAGACAGACAGAGAGGUUACAUUUCACCUUAUGUUGUACCUCUGUUUGUCUUAUGUAGCAGACAAAGGCAGGCAACUACACAGGACAGACAGAGGUACAAGCAUUUACCACAACUACACAGGACAGACAGAGGUACAUGUCUUCCAUGUCUGUAUCCAAGUCCACAGAGUCCCCAGGUUCUGACUGUGGUGUUCCAGCCCAGAGAAGUUCACAGCAGGGUCCAGAGAUGGUCUCAGUGAAGCUGGAGGACUGCAGUCAAACACUGGAACUCAAUGUGAUUGUCAAAGAGGAAUGGGAGGAGAGAGGAAUCAAGGAGGAGAGAGAAGUCAAAGAGGAGGUGGAGAACAGAGAACUGUCUGCUCCAGACCAAGAGGAGGAGGAGGAGGAGGAGGCAGCAGUAGAUAGUAUCACUGACCCAGGAGAGAUCUCCAACCCAGGUUCAGACAGUGAGCCCAGUUCCACAGCAUCAGGAAACCAUAAACAACACAGACAGAGGAACUCAAGACAGAAACAUCACCACUGCAUGGACUGCUUCACUAGUUUCUGUGAUCCAGAGGAGUUGAGAAGGCACACUUGUAGGCCAAGACCCUGCACAGACUGCAGAGACAGUUUUAUUUGUCCAACUCACCUCAUACAACACAAACAGACUCUCAAAACAAAGAAGCCUUACAUGUGUGGUCAAUGUGGCAAGAGAUUUCAGACCCCAAGCACCUUGAAGACGCACCAACUUACUCACACAGGAAAGAAGCCUUUCCACUGCUCCCACUGUGGGAAGACUUUUGAUUCAUCAUUGCAUUUGAAGAGACACCAUAAAAUACACACAGGGGAGAAGCCUUUCCAUUGCGGCCAAUGUGGGAAGAGUUUCAGUGAUGAAGGAAAUCAUAAUAAACAUCAGAGAAUACACACAGGAGAGAAGACUUAUCAAUGUUCUGAAUGCGGGAAGAGUUUCAAUCAGUUAUCACAUUUAAAGGCACACCAACAAACUCACACAGGAGACAAUCUUUUUCACUGCUCUCCGUGUGGGAAGGGUUUCAGUCUGUCAUCUAAUCUGAAGAGGCACCAGCUAAUGGACAAAGAUAAGCCUUACCACUGCUCUCAUUGUAGGAAGAGUUUUAGGUUGGAAGGAUGCCUUCAGAGUCAUCAGAGAAUACACAGUGGAGAGAAGCCCCACCACUGCUCCCAAUGUGGGAAGAGCUUCAAUCAAGCAGGAAACCUAAAGACACAUCAGAGAGUACACAGUGGUGAGAAGCCGUACCACUGCUCCCAAUGUGGAAAGAGCUUUAGUCGGGCAGGACGGCUAAAUGAACACCUCAAAUAUCACACCGGAGAGAAGCCAUACCACUGUGAUCAGUAUGGGAAGAGUUUCCAUCAGAUGGCAGAGAAAAGCAGAGCACCAGUGUGGGACCAUUACAUUGAAUUGGCACCAGGGAAAGCAAGGUGUCUUAUUUGUGAUAAAGAUAUAAGCAUGGGGUCAGCAAUGGCUAAAUUCAAAAAUACCACUAACCUGUGGAAUCACCUUAAGAACAUCCACCCAAACGCCCAUAAGGAAGCAAUGAUGAAAAAAGCAAACGCAAAUUCUUCACAAGGAAAAAGUGAUACAGACACGUCACAGACAUCGCAGGCUACACUCUUGCAACUGUUUAAUAAACAAGCAAAAUGGCAGGACAAAGACCCAAAAUGGCAGGACAAAGACCCAGAAUGGCAGGACAAAGACCCAAAAUGGCAGGACAAAGACCCAAAAUGGCAGGACAAAGACCCAAAAUGGCAGGACAAAGACCCAAAAUGGCAGGACAAAGACCCAAAAUGGCAGGACAAAGACCCAAAAUGGCAGGACAAAGACCCAAAAUGGCAGGACAAAGACCCAAAAUGGCAGGACAAAGACCCAAAAUGGCAGGACAAAGACCCAAAUGGCAGGACAAAGACCCAAGGGCGAAGAAGAUGGAUGAAGCAAUUAUUGAGAUGAUUGCCACUGACAACCAGCCAUUCACAGUGGUGUCUGACGUUGGUUUUCAGCGGCUGAUUACUCUUGCUGAACCCCUGUACAGGAUCAAAGAUGAAACAUUCUUUCGCACAGAAAUGCUAGAUAAAACACAUGAAAGAGUUGUGAUGAAAGUGAAGAAUCUGGUGGCACCAGGGAACGCUCCACACAUGGCAUUCACAACUGACUGCUGGUCAGGCACUACAGAGUCCCUGAUGAGCCUUACUGGACAUUUCAUUGACGAUGUCUGGACAAGAAAGCUGGUUGUGCUGAAUGUCAAGACUAUGACUGGAUCACACGCAGGAAACUACAUCAGAGAGAUGUUUUUGACCACGUUAGAACACUGGGACAUCCACACAGAACGUGUAGUGCUGGUCCUCAGAGACAGUGGGGCAAACAUGAUGAAAGGUGUGAGACUGGCAGAGCUUCCAGACUUCAGCUGCAGUGCACACACCCUACAGCUUGUAAUCAACGACGGCCUAUCCAGUCAGAGAGCUGUGCUAAACAUUAUUGCCAUGCUGGAGAGCUGUUCAACUCACUUUGACCACUCUGUACUGGCCAAACAGAGGCUGAGGGCCAUUCAGAAAGAGCUUGGCCUUCCCAAACACAGCCUCAUCCAAACAGUUCAAACUCGCUGGAACUCAACACUACACAUGUUGCAGAGGAUGUUUGAACAGAGGCGUGCACUGAAUGCGUAUGCAGAUGAAUACGGACACAUCAGCAGUUUGUCUGCUACACAGUGGGACAUUGUCUCUAACCUAAUUGAGACUCUGGCACCUAUGGAGGAGGUGACCGUGGAGAUGAGCCACUCCAACUCUACGGCAGCAUGCAUCAUCCCCAGUGUGUCGGUGCUGAAGCUGAUGCUGCAGCAGGAGGGUUCUUCUACUCAAGGCAUCAACACUUUACGGAAGACCAUGUUGGACAGUCUGACACGGCGGUUCUCCAAGGCCGAGGAGACAAAGUGCCUGGUCCUGGCGACUGUCCUGGAUCCACGUUACAAGAGCUAUGCCUUCGCCUCAGGGAGAGCACUAGAGAAAGCAAAAGAGUGGCUGAAGGAGGAGUCUGACCUACUAAGGAAACCGAAUCCCAGAGCCACAGCAGAAAGGACGAGUGAAGAGGAGGACACAGAUCAAGGUGCAAAAAGGCAAAGAGUCCAGAUAGAUCAGCCACCCAGUCUGGUGGACAGCCUCUACGCUAGAAUCCUUGGAAGCCAACAGGGCAGGGCUGGAGUCCAGUGCAGUUUUGACAUUGAGCUGGAGCGUUACCUCACAGAGCCUGUCAUUGACAGAAAGAGCGGCUUGCCUUUGGAGUGGUGGAAGCAGAACGAGGACAGAUUUCAGUCACUCGCUCCACUGGCAAAGAAGUUUCUCUGUCCUCCUUCUUCGGUCCCAAGCGAGAGAGUGUUCAGUGAGGUGGGGAACAUUUAUGAUAAGUGGAGGAGCAGACUGACAGGGGACCAGGCAGACAAGCUCUGCUUUCUACACUACAACCUAAAACUUCUUAACUGGGAUUAUUGAAGACCCAUGAAAGCUGGUGGUUCCUUUUAACAUGUUGUUCUCAUGUUAUUUGAGACUAGAUUGAUUUGAUGUAUUCAGUUAAAAUUAAAAGUGUUCAUUGUUCAUUCAG